CCCUCCCUCUCUGUCUCUAAUUGGUCAGCCUCUGACAGGAUUACACGAGUUUCCUCAAUUGAACACAGUGAAGUUUAAACGCUGAGAGACUCUGCAGACUGAAGACUGAGAAAAAAGGAAGGAAAACUCGACCACAGCUACUAUUUCUUCACUUCAUCUGAACCGACAACUGUGUCAGUCGAUCAGAUUUGUGUGUUGGACACCGGUCGACAGGUCUGCUGUGUGAACACCGGAUUAAAUGUUGUCUGUGUUGAUGGUCGCUGCUCCUCGCCCUGGAGCCUGCAACACUUAUGUGGUUUCUUAACACAAGCCCGCAUUUCAUCGAAGCUGCCCAUCAAGUUACCAGACUAUAGUUUAGACCACAAGUCGUCACGAUGACUCGGAUUUUCUGGGAUACAAUUUUCCUCAUCAGCGGUACUUUUAGUAUGUCUGUGGUACUCAAUGGUUCCCUCUUUACAUUCGGAGCAGGGCAGAGCCAUUCAACAAUUAUUGAUGCCAGUAUUUCUAUUGAUACGAACUCCACUGCUGCUCCGAACACCUCAACAAGCAGCUCUGCAGCAGCCAGCAGCAGAAGCAGCACCGCCACAACUAUCACAACUACUACUAAUGUUCCUCCGGUUAAAAAUUCCCUCUUUUCAUUUGGAGGAGGGCAGAGCAAUUCAACAAUCAUAAACACCAGCAUUUCCAUCGACACAAACUCCACCGCUGCCCCGAUCACGUCCACAAGCAGCUCUGCAGCAACCGGCAGCAGAAGCAGCUCAACAACUAUUUCAACCACCACUUCUAACAUCCUACCAGUUAAAAAGUUUGUGGCGGCGGCUGUUCGGUCUCAUUUCGAUGACUGUCCAGACUCCCACCGCCAUUUCUGCUUCCAUGGCACAUGUCGCUUCCUAAUAUUGGAGGAGACACCUGCAUGUGUAUGUCAUCAAGGCUUCGUUGGGAUGAGGUGUGAACAUGCAGACCUGCUUGCUGUGGUAGCAACCAAUCACAGACAACAGACCGUUGCCACAGUGCUGGUGUUGUGUGUGAUUGGGUGUGUCCUUAUCAUGGUGUUCUGUACACUUUUACAUUGCUGGUGGAGGCAGGACUGUCGCAGGCGGAGCUACGCACAUCACUACGUUCCAGAGAAAUCCAGCAACAUGCUGAAGCACGGAGCGUCCUGCUGUCCUUCUGAGAGUGACCCUCAGGAUUGCAUCCAAAGUGGUAUUCACAUGUUCUGAUCAAGCAGACCUGGCCAGAGGCGAAGAGGCAUUACCGUCAAUGUGGCUAAGGUAGGCCUGCUUGAUGUGGGAUGUUAAAUGUUCCGUGACAUUUUUUUUUCCUCCACUGACUGGGACUUUUGAACUGCAGCAACAUAGGAACGUGUUUACUGCACUUUUUGAUUCUGCGGGAAUACCUGCUACAAGUGUUUGAAGCUCCUGGGAUGAAGCUGCUGCCAAAUCCUUCACGGGAAGAGCUCUGUAUGUCCCGAUUUCACUGUUUACGGCCGGCCUGGAGGACAAGAUAAAUGAUCUGCAAGGCCAUUAAUCAUCCUGUGUGGAUGUUGAACAGGAGAGGUGUUUACUUUGGGCUGCGGGAGAAUCAUAAUUCAUUUGCUUAAAAGUCAGAGGACCCCGAUUCCUAUUUUCUUUGUCUUUUAAGAACUUUGCACGGCUUUCAGAACUCUUCAAGCACAGAGGACAUUUUUAAGAAAUGAUGGUGGGAGAAAACUGAUGCUUUAAAAGAAGUUUUAGUGUCUGUUUUUUUAAGAAUGAUCUCACUUCACCUGACAGAAUUAGGAAUUGCUGACUGGACUGACUACUAAUGGAUUAAGAACCCUGGAUAUAUCUGGACUUUCAUUAAUUAGACACAAAGGUUGCAGCUGAAAAUACACAAAUAUUCCAACAUGGUUUUGAUUUAAAAAAAAAAAAGAAAAAAAAAAAAAAAGUCAUCUAGAUGUUAUUUUGGAUGAUUGGGUGACUCCAGUAUUUCUACUGAAGCUAAAAUAUUUGUCAGUUUUAUUAUUUAUUCCUGAGCUGUACUUGAAUAUGUUCAUGCAUCAGAGGUUUUUCAAUUUAUGAGCAAUAACUGCACCAACACACGCACAUCCUGGGCCUCCACAUUAUUCUGUGGUACCUUUUUGUAAUAAUGCACUUUUCUGCAAGCUUGCUCACUGUUCAUAAACUCUGCACUCACUGUAGCGUCUACGUACGAGAGAUGCCAAAUACACUUGUUUCUAAAUUUGCCUGACUUAACACUGAAGGGAAGAGGUUCUUGGUUUGUACACAUCACCUAAGCAUGCAUGCACUUAAAAUCACAGCUAGUGUUUUUUUAUUUUUUAUUUUUUAAAGAGACGCAGUUUAAAUAGCUGCACAAUGUACUUUUAUUUCAAGAGUGUUGUGUUACAGCAUUGCUUUGAAUUUGAAUACUUUUUAAAGAGAAAAGAAAAGCCUCUGCAGGUAAGUUUAAAACAAAAUAUAAAAAUUUUUCUUACAAAACUAUAAUGGUGAAGGAAUACAAACUAAUAAUUAUAAAACUGACUUGGGUAAAAGGCGUGUGCGCGUUAAGGAAAAGGACAAACAAUUGUUCAGGAUGUGGCAGCUUCUACCAUGAAAUGAUGUGUGAUGGUAUUUACAUGCCAAAAGAUUCUGAGGGCGAUGAUACACUUGUCUUUGUUUACAGCGUCUGAUGAUAUUUGCAUUGCAGGAUAUGUGUUAAUGUCUGUUAUUGCAGCAUUGUUGUGUAAAUAUCAAAAACGCACAGAAAUAUUGUAUGUGUGUGUGUAUAUAUACAGUGUCAUUACAAUAAUAAGGGGAUCCUACUGAUGAUUAACCCUUUGUCACAUUUAUUUUGUCACAAUUGGAAGGCCUCUUGUUAUCUUUAUUUGUUUUCCAAUGAAGAAUAAAUAUGCA